AUGAACAAGUCUUCGACUAUUUUCAAGCAAAAUUUUAAGAAUGAUGCACUAAUACAUGUCUAUCUGGUUGUAUUCAAUUCGACAUUAUCAAGUUUGUAUUUUGACCUUUGGCUACCAUUCAAUCGUGGACUUCUGCGUACACAAUUGAGUGAAUUCCCUUAUGAAAUACCAUUAUACAUUAAUCUUGUUUAUCGUUCACCAUCAACACUUUCUACUUAUCUCUUCGGACAACUCAUGGAUUAUACAGUAAAUCCGAUCUAUGAGCAAUCAAAUCGACCAUCAUCAUCGACAUUGUCGUUUAAUAUAUUUAUACCAUUUCAAUCGAUAUCUUGGUCCUACGAACAGCCGUCCUUUGGUAGGUAUUCGUCUGAUUGA